AUGAGUCAGAUAGACGCAUUUGGGAUGCCUGCUACUCCCAUUGUAGGAGAUGAACGGGAGUUUCGUUCAUUUACAUCAUUCAUCUUCAACUACCGAACUGUUGUUUGCUUUCACCCCAUCCUCGUCACCUUUGUACGAACUGUACGAUCAUCUCUGAUCCUGUCCGCGUCUUCGCCAUUUCUGGCGAUUAUUCUGGACACGCAAAUCUCGUUGAGUGAGAAUUCACUCAAUGCCCGAACGGUCAUGGAAGCAAAGUUGCCAAAGAAGGUUGACAGAUGGGAUGGUGAGGGCGGCCAAUUACGAAGCCCAAUUCAAUCAUCGCAACAGUGUUGUGACAUCAUUCAUGUGCGGCGCUUCUCCCCCGAUGGUCGUCAUGUAGCCCUCGGUUUUGGUGACGGUAUCAUCGACCUCACCGGCAUCAACCAACGCGGUAUUUCCCGAUUCCAGCUCGAUCCAUGGCAGCAACUGUCGUUACCGAGGAAAACGAGGAAAAUGCCAGUCCAUAGCCAUGGUAGGACCCUCGUAAAUCUCGGUAUUAAUGGCCCCUUCCCUACGUAUACUGGUACUUUAGUGUCGGAUAAUGGAUCAUUUGUCGGACGAGUUCAAGCCUUGGUGUGA